AUGUAUUACAGUGGAACCCCUUCAUAUAUCAGUUCACCAUAUAGUUACAGCAGUUCGUUUACCCCAUUAGGAACGUCAUAUAGUGCUUCGUAUCUCAAUCCUGGUGCAAGUUACAGCAAUCAUUCAUCUUUAGGGGGAUAUUCCCGAACACCUAUUACGACGAGAUGGAUUUCAAGUGGAAGAUCUUAUUCUCCAAUGCUCAGCACCAUAUCAGAACGUGGUAGUUCAACUCCAGUGCGAAUUAAUAGUCCCAGGAGGGCUCCGAUUCCGAAUAGAAUUACCAGAACAUAUGUUUCUGCUAGCUACACUCCCCGACCAGUCAAUAUUAAUACAGCUGAUAUUGAUGUAUCACAAGACAAAUACAGAAAUAAAAAACAAAAUUCAGACGACACUUCACUACAAUCUCAAACAGAAAACUUAAGCGUCGAAGAAGACAAGUGUCCACUAGAACCGAGAGUAGAAGAUAAACCUAAGACUGGUAUAGAUACUUCACCAGGGGUCCAAAAAGGUGCUAUUAAACGUGAACGUACAGUCGUAAGAUUGCACACCCUUAAAAGAAAGGAAAGAGACUCUCCUCGUAAGCCGGUUGAGGAAUUACAAAAACGAAGUGAUAAUAUUAAAAAAGAAGUCAUACUUAGUGAAAAUAAUAAUAAGGAAAAUUCUGUAGAAACCAAAAGAUGGAGAGAAAAAUUGUCUGAAGAUUUGAUUUACAAAGACACAAGAGAAAAAAAAUCUUUAGGAGCCAAGCUUGUUGAAAAAUUUCAAGUAAAAGACAAGGACAACGAUAGUGAUAAUAAUAAAAAUAUUGCAAAUAGAUGUGAAAGUACUGUAUUAAUACCCUCGCAACAACCUAACAUAAAAGUUAAUAAUAAGUCACCAGAUAGGCGGUGUUCAAUGGAACUGUUGGCGGAACAGGCUUCUUUAUUAGACUCGUUAAUAAGAAGGGAAAAUCUUAGCACUGCAAGUUUAGAUUUAAGUAAAGUAGGCACAAAUGUAAGUAAUUUAAAUAAUAAUUUAAAUAAUAAUAUAAAUAAUUUAAAUAAUAAUAUUAACAAUGUUGACGUUGAAACUUCGAAAAAGUUUAAACUUCCGGAACAAAAUUUACCGAUUACAAGUACAAAAUCAGAUCAUUCAUUACAUGAUCGACUUAAUACACUAAAAGAUCAAAAACAUACUUCAACAAGAAGAAGUAUCAAAAAGUCAUCGUCAGGAAGCAACAUUCCUAAACUAGACGCAAUAACUGAAUUUCCUAAACAGCUUAGCCAAAACGUUCUACCUAUUAUUGAAGAAAGUAGACAGUCAGUGAAAGACGGAAAUAUCAUUGAAUCUAAAACAAAACCUGUAUUAAAAGCAAAAAUUACAUCUACUGUGGAAAUUACACCACCAUCUAGUCCAUUAAGAUUUAAGGUAGAAAAUAUAACUGUUGAGGAAAAGCCUCGGAUACAAAAGAAAGAAAUUUGUUUCAGUAGCAUAGUUGAGAACAACAAUUAUUCACAGUUAGUGAAAACUAAGAAAAAUAACACAAUUGUCAGUGAUCCUGUAUCGCCUGAACCAGAGGAUGGCAAUUUUUGGAAUAAAAUUGGAAAACGGGAGACAGUAUAUAUAAAAUCAAGAAAGCAAACAUUAGAAGAAGCGAAAGAGAACCAACAACAUGCCUUAUUUUGGUUUCCAGAAGAAGAAUGUAAGGAACACUCAAUUAUAAAUAUCAAUAUCAAAAAUAUAUCAAAGGAUGAAGAAAAACAAACCAAUAAAACUGAAGUAUAUAGCGAGCAAGAAAAUAUAUACACAAGAAAUGAUGACAAAGAAAAGUGUCUUGAAAAUACUCUGCAACCAAAUUCACAAACGAAUAGUAAAACUCCUCAGAGUGAUAUAUCUACCAAGUCAUCUGUAAAUACACAAUCAAGUUUAGACAUUAAAACAAAGCCUACGAAUAAUGAAACCGUACUUAAUAAGGGAACAAAAGAAUUGUUCGAAGUAAAACAAGGCACAUUUGAAAAAAAUAAACAAAAUGUUACAGAAGACUCGCAAGCAUCAGAAUUGGAAACAAUAAAGCAAAGCUUUAAACAAAAAAUAACUAGUAACACAAUAUUACAAAAUAAUAAAUUAAAUAAUGAAAAUUUAUCGAUCAUUUCUUCAGAUAAUAAAUCAUGUAUUGGGUCAAUGCAUAGAAACAUGAUAGAAGAAAGAAAAGAUAAACAAUUUUCAUCUAAUGACAAGCUUAAAAAUAUAAAGAAAAUGUCACUAAAACAAGAUGAUGAAAUAACUGAAGAUAUCAUAUCAAUCAGCAAACAGAUUGAUAAAGAUUCUACUGAAAAUGUAAUAAAUGAAGCUACUUCAAAUUUAGCUAGUGGUGCAAAUAGACAAAGUGAGUCUGAUACUCAAAUAUGCAUUGAGAAAGGGACAGAAAAAUCAAAACCAGAUAAAUUAAUUUUAAACGAACACAUUCCCAUAUCUAAAAACAAUGAAAUUCUGCACGAGCUAAUAAGUAAAGACAAUAAUAAUAAUACAAACAUGGAGAAUAAUGUACUUAAUAUGGUCAAUACUGAAACUGAUGGAGUUGCUUUUAAUAAAUUAAACACAAUGGAGUUAUGCAAAUUUGAAACAACUGAAAACAUUUUAGUUUUAAGAGAAAAUUCUGAUUCUUGUAUAAACAGCGAGGAUAAUAAUAAAGACAAAAAUAGUGUUUCUAUGAUGCUCUCGAAAACUCAAAACAUUCCAAAUAAUAAUACUGAAUGUAAUUUAUUAAAUGAAGAAGAAUUAAAAGCAAAUAGUGGAUACAAUAAUGUGACUCUACAAAAAGAUAAAAAACAGCAUAUUAAACAACCUUCGAUUAAUAAAUUAUUAAAUCCGAAACCGGCUAAACCUGUGAAGGAGCAAAUGGCACUAAAGCCUUUAAUAGCGACACCCCGGCCCCUACAAAAGAAAGUUCCACAGUUGAUUCAUUCCUCCAGUUCCAGUUCCUCAGAGACAACAUCUGAUGAGGAAACAUCAGAUGAAGAAGGAGAUGUGUCGAAUUCAAGUGAUGGUUCAGGAGAGUUUUACGAAUGUGACAACAAUCCAGAUGGUAGAACAUCAACUGGGUCGAACGACUCUGGCUUCGAUUCCUCUGCCUCAACAUCGCCCGCUGGAUUUAACUGCGUUAGAAAAGACUGCGAUGUAAACUGCCAUAGAAAGUGUGAGAAAUUAACAGCGAACUUAUGUGGGGUAAAUCAGCGGCUUCUGGUCGAAGCUCUAGCGUUUCGAACUGCAUCCAAAAGAGGUGGAGAUUGUCCCAGCACAUCAGCAGGAAAUGUUCCUGCGCAGGCUUUAGGCACAGAUAUCUUAGAACGAGGACUGGAACAAUCUACGGCAUAUGGACUGUUCAGAAAGACAGGUCGUUUUACGCCCCCUGCGCGGUCUAUUCCACGAUUCAGAAAAUAUAAUAUAGAAGAUUUCCAGUUCAUCAAGGUACUGGGCAAGGGCAGCUUUGGUAAGGUGCUACUUGCGGAGUUGAGGGAUACAGAGUAUUACUAUGCUGUGAAAUGUUUGAAAAAGGACGUUGUCCUGGAAGAUGAUGAUGUCGAGUGUACGCUGAUUGAGAGAAAAGUUCUUGCGUUAGGAACUAAUCAUCCCUACCUCUGUCAUUUAUUUGCAACUUUCCAGACUGAUUCUCAUUUGUUCUUCGUGAUGGAGUACCUGAACGGCGGAGACUUGAUGUUCCAUAUACAACAAAGUGGACGGUUCCCAGAACCUCGAGCUAGAUUUUACGCAGCUGAAAUAGUUUCCGGACUGAAGUUCCUACACAAACGCGGCAUCAUAUAUAGGGACUUGAAGCUGGACAACAUUUUACUAGAUUUCGAUGGCCAUGUCCGCAUCGCGGACUUCGGUAUGUGCAAGUUGCAGAUUUAUUUGGACAAAACAGCUGACACAUUCUGCGGCACGCCAGAUUAUAUGGCUCCAGAGAUAAUAAAAGGACUGAAAUACAACCAAACAGUGGACUGGUGGUCUUUCGGGGUACUGCUGUACGAGAUGCUGAUUGGGCAAAGUCCAUUCAGCGGUUGCGACGAGGAUGAGCUGUUCUGGUCAAUCUGUAACGAAAUGCCGUCCUACCCGCGCUUCUUGUCGCAAGAGUCUCUUAGCAUACUCACCAGGUUGCUGGAUAAAGAUGCGCGGACGCGGCUGGGCGGCGCGGAGUGCAUGCACGGCGACAUACGCGACCAGGACUUCUUCCACGCCGUCGCUUGGGACCGCCUCGAGAGGCGCGAGCUCGAGGCACCCUUCAAACCUAAAGUGCGACAUCCACUGGAUACGCAAUACUUCGACAAAGCGUUUACUGGGGAACGACCGCGUCUCACCGCAGUGGAGCCGCACGUCCUACGGUCUAUGGAUCAAGAACCUUUUAGAGGUUUCUCCUACACGAACCCGAAUGCGACAGAUCGCUAA